CCAGGAGAAGGUCAAGUGGCUCUGGCUGUCAGUCCGGGACCGAAAUGAUCCCGGCGGUGGCUCCGGUGCUUACCGGCGCACUUCUGUUAAGUAGGUGAGCAACCUGGGACGCGCCUUAUUAUGCCGUCUGAUUAUAAAGUCCUGGCUUGAACGCACCCUCAGCAUCUUUGAGAAUCACGCGAGGAAUCACGGCGCCGAAGAUGUUCAGCACCAAAAGAUUAAAGAAGAAGUCCCAGUCUGUGGAUAUAACCAGCCAGGGAUACUCCGGUACCCUGGUUAAGGAUAACCAGCAUUCCCCGAUAAACCGGCUUGUGCCAUCUGCCGCCAAGACAACCGUAUCAGGGGAGGAGGAGGGCCGAAAUGCAACCAACUCCCAGAGAGCACGCAGCCCGCGACAUAGUGACUUGAAGCGGUUCUACACCAUGGACUCCGGGCAGAAGAAGGAGACGAGACGUGCGGCGUUCCAGAAACCCAAAGGCACCACGGAGUACUGCGUGGAAUCGCGGGACACGCUGAACAGCAUCGCCCUGAAGUUCGACACCACCCCAAACGCGCUCGUCCAGCUGAACAAACUCUUCUCCAGAGCCGUCGUUCCCGGACAGAUUCUGUACGUCCCCGAUCCUGACUACGUAUCCAGCGCUGAGAGCUCCCCCUCCCUGAGCCCCGUCAGCCCCCUUUCUCCCACCUCUUCCGAGGCCGACCUUGAGAAGCUCACCACGGAUUCAGAUGGAGCUCCUCAGAAGGACAUUCCAGUUCCCCAGGUCCACAUCCCUCCCCGCAGCACCCGGGUGGUGUCAUCCACCUCAGAGGAGGAGGAGGCGCUGACGGAGAAGUUCCUCAAAAUCAACUGCAAGUACAUCACGGACGGCAAGGGCAUCAUCAGCGGGGUGCUCCUGGUCACGCCCAACAACAUCAUGUUCGACCCUCACCGGGCAGACCCCCUGGUGCUGGAGCGUGGCUGCGAGGAGUACGGAAUCAUGUGCCCUCUGGAGGAGAUCAUGUCCGCCACUGCAUACAGGGAGAUAAGCGACGUCAAGAUCCGGGAGUCCAUCUCCGCAGACCUAGAAGCUCUCUUGUCAGGGUCUAACCCAGGUCCCCUGAAGAGACCCACGCGUACCGACAUUAUGGGGCCGUGCCCUCAGGACACGGGCAAUGACAGCGGCAGCACGGCCCCACGCAGCACCGAGGGCUCUGUCUCCGAGGAGGUCUUCACUGAGUCGGAGCUCUCCCCUAUCCGAGAGGAGCUGCCCUCUUCUGACGAGCUGCACCUCAACAAGUCGUCCGGCGCCUCCUCGGAGUCAGUGCAGACCAUCAACCAGGUUAAAGCCCCAGAGGCAAAGGAACCUGAGGCAGAGAGCAGUCCUCUGGAAAAUGCUCAGAGUGCGCCCCCUGCUGGUGAGGCAGACGGGGUCGAGUCCUGCAUCUCCAAGUCACAAGAGGGACUUGGGACAGGGGAAACUCAGAAAGUUGGGACAGAUGAGGGGCCACAAGUCAGAACAGAAGAGGAGCCACAGGCCAGUGAGCUGAAGAAGGAACUGGACCAGAACCAGGAUGCAGCCGGUCCCUCAGAGGUGCCCGAGAGCCAGGGAACGGCUGAAGGAAUGGAGGCAUGCGGGGAGAAACAGAGGCAGCAAACACACAGGUUCCUGUGCUUGCGGGUCGGCAGGCCCAUGAAGAAGACCUUUGUGUCGCAAGCCAGUGCCUCCAUGCAGCAGUAUGCCCAGAGGGGCAGGAAGCAUGAGUACUGGUUCACUGUCCCACAGGAGAGGUCAGACCACCUAUACCUGUUCUUUGUCCAGUGGAGCCCAGAGACUUACGGGGAUCGGGGUGUUAUACAAGCUCAAGAACCGGGCUUUAAGGUGGUCAAAAGGAAUGAGCAUAUAGGAGUCAGUGAGGAGGAGAAGACAGACAUCUCGACGAAAGAGUGGGAGGUGGUCUCAGAGGAUGAGUAUGAACGUCGGGUCGAUGCGCUAAACAGCGAGGACCUGCGCGCUCUCUGCAAGCGUCUACAGAUAACCACCAAGGAGGAGCUCACCACGAAACAUGGCACCUCCAACAUGGCCGAGCUGGAGCUGGAGGCGUUGAAACCCACCCUUAGCGAGCCCAGCUGCCUGCUGCAGGUGGAGCAGAUUGAGAAGCUUGCAAAGACUCUGCCGCCCAGAACAUUUGGGUACCCCUGGUCACUGGCGUUCAGCACGUCUAAGCACGGUAUGAGCAUCAAGACCCUGUACAGGAGCAUGCAGGCUCAGGAUUCGCCCGUGCUCAUGAUCAUCAAGGACAGCGACGGCCAGCUGUUUGGGGCAUUGGCAUCAGAGCCAUUUAAAAUCAGCGAAGGAUUCUACGGUACCGGAGAAACAUUCCUCUUUACCUUCUGUCCAGAACUAGAGGUGUUUAAAUGGACGGGAGACAAUAUGUUUUUCAUCAAGGGAGACAUGGAUUCCUUGGCGUUUGGAGGCGGGGGGGGAGAAUUUGGCCUCUGGCUGGAUGGAGAUCUGUAUCACGGCCGAAGUCAUUCCUGCAAAACCUUUGGCAACCCCUUACUGUCGAAAAAAGAGGACUUCUUUGUGCAAGACAUUGAGAUUUGGUCAUUUGAAUAGCAGCCCUGGAAAAUCUACGGACCAAACUCGCCCCUCACUCCCCAGGGCUUGGUUGCCCAUCCCUGCGGCGUCCGGGACGCCCCCCGGGUGGCACAAUAGACGCUGCUUAUGUGUAUUUGCACUGUAUCCACACUGCGUUUCUGUUCAUGCAGUGGCUGUCUGUGAGUUUCAUUAAAGCUGUGUGUGGCUUGAGUGUGACGUCAUCGAGCAGUACACCAGCCGAACCGAGACAUUGGACAGAGAGUCCGUGAGGGAUACGAGCUGCAGCCCCCCCCUGUAGACAACCCAACGUCUUCUGGAACCCUGUACACUUCAUCCCUGAUAGGAUAAUGACCCUUAGAAGACAGUGAAUAUCUACUAACUGCAAGGGAGAUGAGCCCUGUGUCCGAUUUCGCAGUAUCUUCACGACGGACUGUCCCAUCUGACCGAGGCUGGCUUUCUGGUCUCUUUGGGGAGUAAUUCUUCACGAAGUAAAGCGAGAGACCAUGUGUUCCAUUCCUGUCCUUCACUACCGUACCACCAUCCUGAGUAUGCACUGCACAUGUACUAUAGGUUUACCCACAAUGGCCAUAGUUGUGAUGUUAUUGGGUGUGUGUGCAGUGCUGAGCCACCUGGCAGCCUCUGCGAGGUGCGACACCGUGUGUAUCUCUCCUGGGUGGUACCACGUCUCACUAUACAUCCGUGGAUCCAUAUGCAAAUUACUGUCAUGUAACCCCCACUUCCUGCUGAUGGGUGUUUUGUCAGCCUGUCGUUCCUUCAGAGAAAAUAAUUUUCUCUUAAGUAUAAGCCUAAGUUGUGGGUUAUUGUUUUACAUGAACAUAUAGCGAGUAUAUAUUUAUAUAUGAGCAUAAUGGGCCUAUUGUUUUUUGCUGUUUAGUGUGACUGCAGUCUUGUGCUGAUACUUCAGCUAUUGUUAAUAAAUGACAUAAUACUA